AUGGCAUUUCCACACCGGUUCGGCUGGCUCGCAAGACCGUCACCAUUUCUUACUCCUCGACAGCCCCGACUGAGCCCAGGCAAGACAGGACGGUUGGUGACAUACGAUAUCACUUCCGAGAUGCAGUGCCCGCUAUUCGAUCGGCUGCGAUGGUGCUUUGAGCUGGACUUUAUGUGCGGAUACCAAUCCACAUGGGGUCUUCAUGAUCAGCGCUGGACUGAGGAUGGAGAAUAG